CCCCCUCCCCGCAGCAACCGCCGCUCUCUGAUCAUCUCCCCCCCCCUGAGCCCCCCGCCGAUGUUCCCCUGCCCGGACAAGGCGCCCGAGGGGACACCGGGGUCCCCCGGGGGGGGUGGCAGCGCUGCCCUCGAUGCCACCACCGCCAACGGGGACCUGGGGGCCGUGUCCCCCGGGCCGCCCCCCGCCUCGCCCGCCAGCGCGGGGUCCCUGGACACGGAGUCGGUGUCCAGCGAGGGCACCCCGGAGGGCGACCCCGGCCACGGCGAGGGGACAGCGGGGACAGCGUCGGUGUCCAGCGAGGAGACCCCAGAGCGCGACCCUGGCCACGGCGAGGGGACAUCGGUGACAGUGUCGGUGUCCAGCGACGACACCCCGGAGUGCGACCCCCGCGCCGCGUCUGUGGGGACACCGGCGACACCCGACCCCUCCGGCCGGGGGGGUGACAGCGGGGCGCGGGGGGACCCCGAGGGCAUCGCCACCUCCUUGGGGGGGCCCGAGGGCAUCGCCACCUCCUUGGCGUCGCUGAUUUUGUCCGAGGCCGUCGCCCGGGCCACCGGCACCGCGCCGCCGGAGCCGGGGACAGCCGCCGCCACCGCGGCCACCGGCGGGGAGGGCCGGAUGUCCCCAAGGCCGGAUGUCCCCCGCGAUGUCGUGCGGGAGCCGGGACAGCCCGGCGGGGCCGGGGGACAGCGCGGGGACAGCGCGGAGGGGGCGGACGCGGAGCCGCGG